GUCAUGGGCGGCGGUCGCGGGGGCGGGUCGGACCAGUCAGGCGGCGCCAUUUAUGCGGCGGAGCAGAUCCGGCCCACGGCGGAGCAGCGGCGCGUGAACCUCUGCCUGGAGCCCGGCGAGGGGGCUCAGGAGUUCUUCGGGAACGUGGAGCGCGUCCUGGUCGAGGACCUGGCCAGGAAGUCGAUCCACGACACGAAGAUCUUCGGGAAAACCCUCGACUGA